GCAGCGUGAGCAGGUGGAACCGCGGCGGGAGUCCGCCAGCCAAGCGGAGGGAGGCUGCAAGCUCGGCGGGGGCCAUGGAGCUGCUAAAGCUGAACCGGAGCGUGCCGGGGUCCGGACCCGGGCCAGGGGCUUCCCUGUGCCGCCCGGGGGCCCCCCUCCUCAACAGCAGCAGUGCGGGCAAUCUCAGCUGCGAGUCCCCUCGCAUCCGCGGAGCUGGGACACGAGAAUUGGAGCUGGCCAUUAGAGUCACCCUUUACGCAGUGAUCUUUCUGAUGAGCGUCGGAGGAAAUGUGCUGAUCAUCGUGGUCCUGGGACUGAGUCGCCGGUUGAGGACCGUGACCAACGCUUUCCUGCUCUCACUGGCAGUCAGCGACCUCCUGCUGGCUCUGGCUUGCAUGCCCUUCACUCUGCUGCCAAAUCUCAUGGGCACGUUCAUCUUCGGCACAGUUAUCUGCAAGGCCGUUUCCUACUUCAUGGGAGUGUCUGUGAGUGUGUCCACGCUAAGCCUGGUAGCCAUCGCCCUGGAGCGGUACAGCGCCAUCUGCCGCCCACUGCAAGCGCGAGUGUGGCAGACACGCUCUCACGCGGCUCGUGUGAUUGUAGCUACGUGGCUGCUGUCCGGACUGCUCAUGGUGCCCUACCCUGUGUACACCACCCUGCAGCCUGCAGGGCCCCGUGUGCUGCAGUGCGUGCAUCGCUGGCCCAAUGCGCAGGUCCACCAGACCUGGUCGGUACUGCUGCUCCUGCUCUUGUUCUUCGUCCCAGGUGUAGUUAUGGCCGUGGCAUACGGACUUAUCUCCCGCGAGCUCUAUUUAGGGCUUCGUUUUGACUGUGACAGUGACCGCGAAAGCCAAAGCAGAGUCCGGAGCCAUGGAGGGAUGCCCAAUGGAGCUGGACCAGGUCCUGUCCACCAGAAUGGACGCUGCAGGACAGAGUCGGGCCUGGCUGGCGAGGACAGCGACGGCUGCUACGUGCAACUUCCACGUUCCCGGCCCGCCCUGGAGCUGUCAGUGCUGACAGCAGCCACCCCUGGGGUAGCACCUGGCCCCAGACCCACCCAGGCCAAGCUGCUGGCCAAGAAGCGCGUGGUGCGAAUGCUCUUGGUGAUUGUUGUGCUUUUUUUCCUGUGUUGGCUGCCGGUGUUCAGUGCCAACACGUGGCGCGCCUUUGACGGCCAGAGUGCACAUCGCGCUCUCUCGGGGGCGCCGAUCUCCUUCAUUCACUUGCUGAGCUACGCCUCGGCCUGCGUCAACCCGCUGGUCUAUUGCUUCAUGCACCGCCGCUUUCGCCAGGCCUCCCUGGACACAUGUGCCCGCUGCUGCCCUCGGCCUCCGCGAGCUCGCCCCAGGCCUCUUCCAGACGAGGACCCUCCCACCCCAUCUAUUGCUUCUCUGUCCAGGCUGAGCUACACCACCAUCAGCACGCUGGGGCCUGGCUGAGUGCCGAAGGCGUGUGGGAGCUGAGGCAGGACCCACCAUUCCCUACAAGCACAGACCCAUCAAGACACAAUAAACACAGACCACAACUCACAGGAGAGACUGGCACCAUAAGCACAGACUAACCCCAGUGCAGGGAGAAAAGCAGCUUACCUGGCACAAAGGAAGGGUGAACAGAGCCCACUCGGAAUGGAGCAGGGCUCUUGCAAUAGGGGGCUGAGCACCACCGGCAAAUGCUUGGGCUGACCUCAGACACAGCAUUCCUAACAGCUGAACUAUUCCUACACAGUGGGGCCUCUGACACAGCCCGCCUCCCCUCACACACAUAUACUAAGGGUACUGGCUCUCUCGGGAUCCAUGGAGCCUGGCACAGGACAGGCUCCUGGGAUGCUCCAGGCUGUCCCCAGUUUGAUUUCAUAAGCCCUUCCUCAUCUGGCACUGAAAAUACCAACAGGCGCAAUCUCAUACUCCCUGACCAACAGGCUGUUUGGCAUUGAAAAUUCCCUUUGUCACUUUCCAGUAAAGGACUGUGGCCCUGCCCCCUUCUCCACCUGACCUCUUCUAGAAAUAAUAAAUGACCUGGAUUCCUCCUGGACUU